CACCAGCAGCAACACUUCCGGGUUUGAAGAACGAGGCUGUGUCGUGAAACAGUGAUGCUUCUUUUAAAACAACAACUGUAUCUGUGUUAGUGUAGAGAUUUCAAGUGUAUGGUAUCUUUUAUCGUUUUGUGUCAUAAUGGGUUUACUGACGAUACUAAAGAAGCUGAAACAUAAGGAGAGAGAGAUGAGGCUACUGAUGCUUGGCCUGGACAAUGCAGGAAAAACAACAAUACUGAAGAAAUUUAAUGGCGAAGAUAUCAGCACAAUCUCUCCCACGUUAGGAUUCAACAUAAAGACACUAGAGCACAAAGGGUUCAAGUUGAACAUCUGGGAUGUGGGGGGUCAGAAGUCACUGCGGUCGUACUGGAGGAAUUAUUUUGAGAGCACAGAUGGACUGGUGUGGGUGGUGGACAGUGCAGACAGACUGAGACUGGAGGACUGUAGGAAGGAACUCAGUGCACUUUUACUGGAGGAGAGACUUGCAGGAGCCACACUCCUAGUGUUUGCCAACAAACAGGAUUUGCCUGGUGCUUUGUCUAAGGACGCCAUCAGAGAGACGCUGGCUCUGGAUGAGAUUAAGACACAUCACUGGUGUAUAGUUGGCUGCAGUGCAGUGACUGGAGCGAACCUCCUGACAGGUGUAGACUGGCUCCUGGAUGACAUUGCAGCUCGGAUUUUUACAGCAGACUGAAAAAACAGCCCCGUUCACUAUAUAACUAUAGAAAGUGUCAAUUUCUGUGGUCAUAACUUGUGCACUAUGGUUUGCAUGUUAAUAGAUUUCUUUUUGAUUAACAGUGCAACCCCUUUGGUGCCUCUAACCCACAUGAAGUUGAGCAUCUAUCACAUUCAGAAAUCAAAUUGAGUUUUCAAAUUGUGCUUUUCAGUAUUUAUGUUGAAAUAGUCAUGUUUACAGCAGUUAAUGCUUAAACUGUUGCAGAAGGACAAAGUUUGCUGUUCAUAAGCUUUCAGGUGUACUUGUAUGUUUAUCAUUUCAAAAUAAAUUUUUGGAACACUCCCAA